UCCAUGAGUAAUUCAAGGUUAACCUAAUACCAUCCAAAUCCAUUAAUUCCAGCCCAAUAUCCCACUAGCUAAAACUGAAAUACCAGCCCAAAGAAAACCCAAUUUUUUUUACCUAAUACCCCUUUAUAGUUUUGUUUUUUUCCUUUUGCCCAAUCAGAGCCGCCUUCACUGUUUCAUAAACAACCAUUUUUGUUGAAAAGGAAAACUCCAUUAUCGGUGUUGAAGGAUUGUUGUCCGUCUAUACUGGGCAUGCCAACUAUUGGGAUGGCAUCUCGGUUUGUUAGUUGCUGUGCAGUAUGAUCACUGUGGCAGGAUCUGUGUUCUGCAAUAGAAGUUUGUGUUUCUGGCAGAACCAUUGUCUUUACGCUGAGCAGUAAAGACUGAAAAAUGUCAAGUGCCUUGGCUAAUGGGCUGGCUGGAGCUGGUGGGGGCAUAAUUGCACAAAUAAUUACUUACCCCCUCCAAACUGUCAAUACACGGCAGCAGACUGAGAGGGUCUCGAGAGAGGGCCGUGAUUCUCGUGGCAGUGCCCUGUUUCAAAUCUUACAGGUGGUUAGAAGUGAAGGCUUGCCAGGGCUUUACAGUGGCCUGAAGCCUUCUCUGCUCGGAACUGCCGUGUCACAGGGUGUCUACUACUAUUUUUACCAGGUUUUCAAGAACAGGGCUGAGGCUAUAGCAGCUGCAAAUAAGAAAAGAGGCCGAGGGGAUGGUUCUGUUGGGAUGCUUUCUUGGCUCGUUGUGGCAGCUCUUGCAGGUUCAGUAAAUGUAUUGUUGACAAACCCUAUAUGGGUUCUAGUUACUCGUAUGCAGACUCAUACACAAGCAGAAAGGAAAAUCGUGGAGGCAAAAAGGGAAACCCUAUUAAAAGAAGCUUCUCAAAGUGUCUUGACAGCUUCUUCCUUGGAAGUACAGCUCGCUGAACUUGAUUCGUUGAAACCUCAUCCUUACGGGACAUUGCAAGCAGCACGAGAGGUUUAUAAUGAAUCAGGAGUCACAGGAUUCUGGAAAGGAGUCAUCCCAGCAUUGAUCAUGGUGUCUAAUCCCUCGAUUCAGUUCAUGAUUAUUGAGAGUUUGUCGAAGCAGUUAAGGGCUAAACGUGCUGCGAAGAAUAAAGACCAGCAGAAUAUAACUGCUUUGGAAGUUUUUAUUAUCGGAGCCUUUGCUAAACUUGGAGCAACUGUAUGCACAUAUCCAUUGUUGGUUGUGAAGUCAAGGCUUCAAGCAAAGCAGGAGAUUAGUGGAAAUGUCUCAUUACGAUAUUCAGGUACAGUCGAUGCUAUUAUUAAGAUGAUUCAUCACGAAGGAUUCAGAUGCUUCUAUCAAGGAAUGCGCACAAAAAUAGUGCAGAGUGUCUUUGCAGCCUCUGUACUUUUCAUGGUGAAGGAAGAGCUCGUCAAAGUCUACGCUGUUUUAGCUAACAAAAGUAAGGUUAAUGUAUAGCUUGCAGUCAUAAAGUGAACUACUUAAUAAAUCUUCUUGCUGGAUAAUUGCAUAUGAUUUGUACUGUAUUUGUAUUCAAAUUACAGAGUAAUAAUUGUAAUAUUCCCUAAAGAAAGCCAUAGUAAGCUUGAAAGUGAAAAGUAGCUCAGAUGAAUGAAACUAUUAUUUGAGAUAA